AUGAGGCCUCCAGUGUUGCGCCCGGCGCGACUUGGGCCACUGAAGCCAAUCAGUCUUGCGACCGAGCUAUCGACUCGUGCACAAGUCGACUUUCGCCAACAUUACCAUAUCUUCCCUCGAAAGCACAAGCCCAGUACUCGGAAUCCCUCUGCCUCGGGCCGUGUGAGCUCCGUCAUACAUGCGUGCAGAAGUGUUUCCUACGAACAAAGGGCGAAGGACCUCAACCAGCAAGGCGUCGAUGAAGCCCUUUCAGAGUUCGACACUGCCGUGGCUGACGACCAGGAAAAGCAGCAGCGAGCACCAUGGCACCGUCAGGGCGUGGACGUGGCCCCUGUUCGUCGACAGCGCUCGGCAGGAGCGAUGACCAAAGGCGAGUGGCUCCUCAAGCUGGUUUUGCCUUUGACUACAAACGAUCACAACGAUGACCGAAAGGACAUCGCCCCCCUUGCCUUGCUCGUACAUCCUCAGCAGCCUCUCUCGUAUCUCGAACGGUUGAUCCAGGCAGAGCUGCCAACCAUGACCAACGAGAAAGGUGAAAACAGAGUCCCUAGCAUAUCGUUUCGGGCAAUGGAAGCCAAGGAUGACGAGAUCAAGCCAAAGAAUCAGACACCCGAAGAACAAGAGAAAGGAGAGAAGAAGCGAUCGCUUGGUGAUGGCGGGGUCCAGAGCUACAGCGGAGCUGGCAGAGAAGGCACUGGGGAAGACGAGGGCGAAUUCGUCCGAUGGAGUGCCUCCACCGAAAUAGGAGACUUCAUCAGAGACGCCGCCAGAGCCAAAGAGUUCGAAGUCGAGAUUGAGGGGAGCCCCAAGACCAUCAAGGUCGCGGUGCCCUCUUUCAACGACAGAACCUACUACUUGCGUCAAAGACUGCGCAGAACGGCCCGUAAAAUCGCGGAUCUGGCUGCGAUCAAGCAAGAAUGCGAUGCUGCUGCGCAUCGGAGCGGCCAGAGAAUAGCCAUGGGCGGCUGUGGGCUGCUUAUCGGCUAUUGGUAUCUGGUAUAUCGGCUCACGUUCGAGACAGAUCUUGGUUGGGACGUCAUGGAGCCCGUCACCUACCUUGUCGGACUCAGCACGCUCAUUGGUGGUUAUUUGUGGUUUUUGUACCACAACCGUGAGGUUUCGUAUCGCUCCGCCCUAAACCUCACUGUCAGUCGCCGUCAGAGCCGCUUGUACGAGCUCAAGGGCUUUGACAUCCGGAAGUGGGAGGCGCUGAUCGAGGAGGGGAACGCCAUCCGUAAGGAAAUCAAGGCGGUGGCGGCCGAGUACGACGUGCAAUGGGACGAGUCCAAGGAUGAGCAUGACGAGGCCGUGGUUGAGGCGCUGAGGAAAGAACGGAAGAACGGAACCAAGAGCAAGUCAAAGGACGACGAUGAAGAGGACGAUUAA